ACUGUAUUCAAGCUUACCCAAAUAACUUUGCUUCUCUGCAGGUAACAUGGUGGAGUGGUGUUUACCCCAAGAUAUAGAUUUGGAAGGUGUGGAAUUCAAAUCCAUGGCAAGCGGGUCCCACAAAAUCCAGUCAGAUUUCAUUUAUUUCCGGAAAGGGCUCUGUUUUGGCCUGGCCUGCUUUGCCAACAUGCCUGUGGAGAGUGAGUUAGAGCGUGGUGCCCGCAUGAAGUCCGUGGGGAUUCUCUCCCCUUCCUACACCCUGCUGUAUAGGUACAUGCACUUCCUGGAGAACCAGGUCAGACACCAGCUGGAGAUGCCAGGGCACUACUCCCAUCUAGAGGCGUUCUAUGAUGACAAGAAAGGAGUUCUCCCUGACAGCAAGGGCACCUCCGGCUCUCAGCAACCUGUCCACUGGCUGCCUUCCAUCCACAGAUACAUGUACCCAGAGAUGAAGAUCACACACCCUGCUGGCUGUAUGUCUCAGUUCAUCAAAUUCUUCGGUGAGCAGAUCCUUGUCCUCUGGAAGUUUGCCCUGCUGCGCAAGCGCAUAUUGAUAUUUUCACCACCCCCAGUUGGAGUUGUCUGCUAUAGAGUGUAUUGCUGCUGUUGCCUUGCAAAUGUUUCUCUGCCUGGUCUUGGAGGAACUGUCCCAGAAUCCAAACCAUUCUUCUACGUGAAUGUGGCAGACAUAGAAAUGCUGGAGACAGAAGUAUCAUACGUGGCCUGUACAACAGAAAAGAUCUUUGAGCAGAAACGGGAUCUCUAUGAUGUCUAUGUGGACAACCAGAAUGUGAAGACGCAUCAUGAGCAUCUGCAGCCACUCCUGAAAAUUAACAAUGCUGACAAGGAGAAGUACCGGCGGCUCAACGACCAGAGGCAGAUGUUAAUGUAUUCUCAAGAAGUGGGUGAGGAUUGCAGCUCCUGUGAAGAGGACCUUUUCAUCUUGUUUUUCAUGGAGCAGAACAACCGCAUAUUUCAGACGCUGAUGGAGGUGUCAGCCAGCCAGGACAAGACACUGACAGCUGACCACGCACGAGGCAUGGGCCUGGAUCCCCAAGGGGAUCGAAGUUUCCUUAUGGACUUGCUGGAAGUGUAUGGCAUUGAUGUUAUGCUAGUCAUUGACAACCCCUGCUGCACUUAAACCAAGGGCAAGAGAGAUGAGGAGCAAAGAUCACUUUUUUAAGACUACCAGACACUGCUUAGGAGGAUCACUGGAACUCACCACAGCCACAGUUAUUUAAUAACUUUAUAUGGAGAGUAUUUAUAAUUUUAAAACAAAAUGUGAUUUUAUUUUCUCCCCCUCAACUUCCCAGUGAAUACUUGCUCCAGGGCUUUUGUUUGUUUGUUUGUUUUGUCUCCCUUUCUCUUUCAUUUGUGUUUUUUUGUUUUUUUAGCUAGGACCAGUGGCACCUUUGCACCAAUCCUCACUGUUGGCAGUGAUAGCUAGGUUUUGCCCUAGCCUGGAUACCUGAGGACUGAACACUUCAGGAAAGCACUUUGUCUGAUGACAACCAAUGUGAAAUGCUAUAGCUGAGCUUUCAGACUGGACUAGAAAACCCUCCUAUCAACUCCCCCUUCUACCUGGGGACUGAAGAGGGCACAGGCUGUUAAUGGCCCAGUCUCAUGGUCCCCUACCAAGUUUAUUAGUGGGGACAGUUAAACCAAUGAUAAAAACCAGGACUCCUUUAAUCAUUCCUCACCCAACUUCUAGCAGCUGAACUGGAAUAAAGCCACCCUUCCUCCUCAAUGGCAGAAGCAAGUUUGGGAUUGGGGGUGCUUCAGGAUCUCAUGACUUUGCCUACUGGAGCAGCACCGUUUCACUUCCAGCACCUGAGGUGGUAAAAACUGGCAAAGACUGCACCUGCCUAUCUCACAGCUGGAGAAGAACACCAUCUCUACUUAAUCCACCCUACCACUUCCUUGGGUUUUAGUUGCAUCACUCCUGCUGUUUUGGUUUAAAAUCUUCAAACCAGCAAGACAGUCUCCCAUUUAACAGGGACCAACAUCACUGAGCCACUUUGCAGUCACUAUGUUCUCUGGCCUCAGCUCAGAUGGUGCUGGCUGGAUUGGGUAUGCUUUAACUAAUAUCACUAGCCCUUCCUUUGUAGCUGAUGGUACUUGCCACUCCUUUGCUCUAACACUGUUUGCUGAUCCUCCUUUUGUUGAGCCUCCAGCACUGCCUGCCGCUAUCCUUGGCUUUCGGUGUGAGGCAGAGAGCAGUCUGUGACCUUUCAGCUGGAACAGCUUCGAAGUUUGCAGGAGGUUCCCUUGGAUUCUGGUGUUCUUAAAUGGCACAGCCACUAGAAGCAAUGUCUAACAGCAAGUCUUUCUUUUUCCUGGGCAGAACUGUAGAACCAGAUGAACAGUGUUUUUUUAUUUUUAUGCUGGAGACAGAAUAAGAUUCAAUUCAUGAAGGACUAGUCAUUACCUCCAGGAAGGCUGUCCCAGUAAAGAGUAAUCCCAUUGCCAUGCAAAAUCCAAGAAUGGUACUGUGGGUUCCAGGUGUGCCAUACUGCUUUGUCCCAAAUCCUUCAGCCAGUAGUAGCAUCACCUUUAAGCUAACUGUUCUUCCUGAACUGUGGCUGAUUAGUUGCUGCUUCCACCAUUAUGGAGUUCAGCACCGUUGGAGGCUUUCUGCAGUUUGCAGAAAUGCAAACUGUAGCUGAUAUAUCUAUUUGUCCUUGCAAUUUAUAGGAUGAGGAAGAGCCUGAACCACCAAAGUCUCACCCACUUUAAAGCAAGUGAGCAUCUUUUAAAACAGGUAGAGCAAAUGUCCCCCAAGUAGACCUCUGUGGAUUGUUUCCCUCAGGAAAGGAGGAGGCUGGUGUGUCCUGUUUCUCCUUGAAGGCUGUCUGCAGCAAGGGGGUAGUUUUGUUUGCUGUGGAGUUCUAGCGAGGUGUGGGAUCAGGGGCCUCACAAGGCUUAUUGCACAGUUCAUUGGUAUGAGCUUCAGCAUAUUAUGUUCCUGUGAUCUGCCUGUCUCUGGGCAGCCACUCCCCUGCCUGCUUUUUCAAGGCUUUGGAUGUUUUUGUACAGAAGAAAACAUGCUGCUGCUUGUCAAUUGCUCACAACUGUAACAUCAUCAUCCUUAGGAGGUUGCAGAGAAAAAAUGGGUAGAGAGGUAAAAACAGCUGAGUAUCACUUAAUGGAAAGACCAGUCUCUUUUCCUUAAGAAAUGGCUUUGUUUUUAAAUUGACACCUCAAGUAUAAAAGUGACCCACAAUCUCCAAGCUUUUGUUCUCUAACUUCCACUUUAGGUUUAACCUGCUGCCUGUAGUGAUGAUCCCUGAGGAAAUAUAGCUGACAGUGCAUUGCUGUCACUUCCUUCAGAUACCAAAAAAAAAGGAACUGAAACUAGUCUC